AAAUAUGUUUCACAGAGAAAAAACAAGCAUCGGGUAACUGGGUCUAUAGUUAGGGUUUAAGUGAAAUUGGGGCUAUUCAGAGAAGAUCAAAAUCGCAGAUGGAAUCCAGUGUUAAAGUGGAGAUUCAUCAUGGUGGGCAGUUCACGACAAAGAAUGGGAUAAGAUACUACAAAGGAGGUAAAACUAAAUACAUCUAUGAUCAAGCCGUAGAUAAUAUAUCAGUUGCUAUGUGUGAAAAAUUCAUCAGUAAUAAUCUUGGUUAUAAGAUUUUAAAAUUUAUUGGCUUAAGGAUGGAUCGUCAUUUGAUAGUAAUGGAUGUAAGUUGUUAUGGAAUGAUGAAAUAAUACAUGAGAUGUGUGCAGAUGCAUUAAUUAAUGAUAGAAUAAAUAUUUAUGUUGAUCAUGCUUGCGAAGAGAGUGAUAGGAUUGAGACUGAUAAUCAUAGUGAUGCUGAUGACAGUGAAUAUGAUGAAUGUGAAAGUGAGGAGAGUGAAAAUGAAAAUAUUGAUAUUGAGGAUGAAUAUGACACUGAUCAUGAUGAGGAGUUUGUCGAUAUAAUUAAAAAGAAGAAAGAAGUGUAUCAAGCUAAAAAGAUGGCAGUUAAGUGGCAUUCCAUGUAUUCAUGGAUGUGUUGCACUAUUUAGUAUGAAUCGAAAUCCCAAAGAAAAAGUCGAUGAUUGUUUUAGUAAAGCUGUAUACAUGAAAACUUAUGAAAAUCUACUCAGGCCAAUGAAAGGUGCUAUGUUCUGGCCAAAUACCGGUCUUCCUGACUUUCUUUCCCCAAAGGCAAGAAGAAUGCCCGGGAGACCUAAGAAAAAUAGGAGAAAGGAACAGGGUGAAGUUGGGGCUGGGGUGAAGUUAGGAAAAAAAAGGGUGGCAAUGAGAUGCAGUAAGUGUCUGCUCUAUGGUCACAAUAAAACAACUUGUAAAGCAAGUGAUGAAGAAAUCAAUGAAAGACAAAGAGAAGCUGCUGAGGCAAAGAAGGCUCAUAGUGAGGCUGCAAGGGCCCAAUCUGCAGCAAAGAGGAAGAAGGUAACAAGUCAAAAAAAGAAGCCUGAUGUUGCAGACCAAGUUGAACAACCAAAAAGAAAACGGGGAAGACCACCUAAGGCCGCCAAUGUUCAUGUGCUGCCUCAGCCACCUCCACUACUUCCACCAGGUGUAGGGGUAUACAAAUGUAACAAGGAUGGUCAUACUUACUUCUCAACAGCAACUGAAACAAUCAGAGUAACUAGUUCACAACCAGUAGGAUCGACUUCAGCUCCUGCAACUACAAAAAGAGUUCAUAGCUCAAGCCAACCUACUGGAGGAAGAAAACGGUGAAUGUGAACUUUGGAGAUUUAGAGUACAAAAUGUGGACUACUUUUACAAAAAUUUAAGAUGUCUGGUAUUAAAAUUAUGAGUAUUUUGGAAUAUUUUUGCUACUUAGUAUUUGUUUUAUUUUUAAGCUAUCUAUUCCAAUGUAAUAUCAGUACACUAUCAAUUAAUGUUCAAGUACUCUAUAUCAAUCUUA